AUUUUGGACUGACGAUGUGACGUCACGAGGCUGCGCCGCGCUGUGUUUGUGAUUCGGCUGAAGAAAGGACAAAGUGUCCAAACACACAGAAAAACUCCUGCUGAAGCAACUGAGAUCCACGUGACACACAAUUAUAAAGAUGGCGUUUAUUAAAGAGGAGAGUGAAGAGAAGAGGAUUGUAGAAGUAUUCAGCGUGAAACAUGAAGAUACUGAGGGACAAAUAAAGAUGGCGUUUAUUAAAGAGGAGAGUGAAGACACGAAGAUUGAAGUCAAACAUGAAUAUCCUGAGGAACAAACAGACCUAAUGAUACUGAAAGAGGAGAAAGUAGUACUUAAAGAAAAAGAAGAGGAAGAUCAAUAUUUCAUAACUGGAGAAAAAUCUUUUUGUUGCUCUCAGAUUGAAAAGACUUCCACACGAAAAAGAGCUCAAGAGAAAGAAACUACAAGUUAUUUUACUUGCUUACGGUUUGGAAAGAGUUUCAAUCAACAAGGAAACCCUAAAGACCACAUCAGAAUUCACACUGGAAAGAAGACUUUCACCUGCGAACAGUGUGGAAAAAGUUUCAAUCAAAAAGGAAACUUCAACAAGCACAUGAGAGUUCACACUGGAGAGAAGCCUUACACAUGCCCUCAGUGUGGACACAGUUUUGCUCAAAAAGCACACCUUACUGUUCACAUGAGACUUCACACUGGAGAGAACCUUUACACAUGCCCUCAGUGUGGAAAGAGUUAUGCUCAACAAGGAAACCUUAAAGUCCACAUAAGAAUUCACACUGGAGAGGAUCCUUACACUUGUCCUCAGUGUGGAAAAAGUUUCAGUCAACAUGCAUACCUCAAAAUCCACAUGAGAAUACACAAUGGAGAGAGGCCUUUUUCCUGCCAGCUGUGUGGAAAAAGCUUCACUCGUAAAAUAGGUCUUAAAAGGCACUUGACAAUUCACAAUGGCGAUAAGCCUUACACAUGCCCUCAGUGUGGAAAAAGCUUCUGUCAACAUGGAAACCUUACAGUCCACAUGAGAAUUCACAAUGGAGAGAGUCCCUUCAUGUGCCAGCAGUGUGGACAAUGUUUCAAUCAUAAAGUAAGCCUUAACAGGCACUUGAGAACUCACACUGGAGAGAAGCCUUAGAGAUGCCAAAAGUGUGAAGAGAGUUUUGCCCCACAUGGAAACCUUAAAGUCCACAUGAGAAUUCACAUUGGAGGAAACUCUUUCAACUGCCAACAGAGUAAAAAUGUUUCAACUGAAAAGGAAACCUUAAAG